AUGGCAAAUCAGUGCCCUUCUGGAUGUGGUAAGGCUGGUAUCGGUAAUGAUAAGUGUGGAUUACUUAUCUCUUCCUACGUCCUUGCUGGUCUUGCUAUGAUGCUCAAUAUUAGACUUUCGUAUAGUUCUGCUCCAUAUGCUCUCAUUAGAUUCAUGUUGCCAGAGAAUCUUUUUAGUGUCUUUGUUAGAAGGAUUGCAAGUGCUUUGGAACUCUGGUGUCUGCCAAGCAUGCUGGUGGGUAACAUCAUUGACCUACUUCUAAAAGGUAUUGGUGCCGAUGAAGCAUUUAGAUCUAAGGCUGGUACAGGUACAGGUGAUACUGGCAAACUCCGAGAAUUGGCCCUUGCACUACAUAAUGAAGCCAGUUCACUUAACACUGAAGUAAAUAAUGUUGCUGGUGAUGAUGCUGCAAAAGUACUCAAGGCUAAGGCUGGUGAAAAUGAUUCAAUACCUGGUACACUAAGAUACUUAGCCAAGGAACUACAUGAGAAAGCCAAAGCACUAGCCAGUGCAGCUUCUGGUGAUAGUGGUGCUGCCAGUGCUCUUGCCACUGCUGUCGGCUCUACUGAAGGCACUUCUGGAGAUAGCCUUAGAAAGGCACUCAAAGCACUUGCUGAAGAUCCUGGUACCGCUCUAACAACUAAGGCCACUGCUGUUAAAAACGCAUACGAAAACAGUGCCGGUGCUGGUGUCAAACCCAGAUUCACCGCACUCCAGCUUAAAGAAACUACUUAUAAUGCUAACCCCACUACGAAACCACUAUAUGAAGCAGUUGUAGACGCAAUGACUGCCUUCGAAAAUGUGUAUAAGCCUGAAGAACUACUUCGCGAUGCUGUCGGUAAUGGUGCUGGUGAAUCCACUGGUCUCCAAAAGGCACUCAAAGAUCUUUAUGAUGGUAGUAUUCUUAAUAUCAAGGACUUGAAUUCUAAGGCCAAAGCUGUUAAAAAUCAAUACGGUAGUGACUGGAGUGGUCUGAAACAGAAAUACAAAUUGGUUGUGAAACAAGAAACUGCAUACACAGCUGGUGAGACUAUUAAAACUCAAUACGAAACACUUGUGGAUGCCUGGAACAAGUUUAAUAAUGCCUAUAACACGGCCAUAUCUAUUGCUAAGUUUGGUGUUAUCAUAGUUCCUUCCAUCAUAUGCCAGUGGUUAAACUUCCUCACAUACGUAGUACUUCUUAUUGUAUAUGUUGCAGGUGGUGAACAGGGUUAUCUAACUGAAUUUUAUGGUACCAUUGCUGUAUCUGGGUUUGUGUUUGGUAUUAAUAUGACUCUGGUCUAUGCUGCUGAUUGGAAUUACACUCCUGUCUAUAUUGUUGGUGAAAACUGUUUUCCAAUUUUAACAUCAUUCAUACACUACAUUACAACUCUCAUGUUUGGAAACCGCAGAAAAUGGAACUCUGACUAUCUAAUAGUCUGUGUGGACAUAGUGGUUGCAAUAAUAAUCUCCUUUGCUGCAGCUGUGGUGUGGACAGCUGCUUAUGGCUAUUGUGAUAAUGGUGAUACUGAAAGUGUUGAUUAUGGUCAUGUAUUCGUUGAAGGUUUUGAUACCAGUACAGUUCACUGGCAAAUAAUUUCACCUACACUCAUGGUGAUUGUAGGUAUGGGUCUUGUUUAUGCUAUUUAUCCCGGUAUUGCGCCUGGUAUGAUUGUACCAUUCUAUCUCAUUGAUAAGAUUGAAAUGGUACUCCUAAUCGCUACAUUUUUCCCACCUGUGAUUGUAGCCCUUCUAAACAGAGGAGAAUUAGGUAAUCCUGCUAAAGCACGCUCCCCCAAAUCAUGCCCAGACACUGGAGGCGGACUAGGUGGCUGGCGAACAUACACACCUCAAUAUUGCGGUGAUGAUGUUAAAACUGAAGUGAAUAAUUCCUUCUGGCACGCCUUUGAUAUUCUCUUGGUUAUAAAAAUAUCACUUGCAGUUAUAUUCAUAUAUUCACUUCAUUAUAGAGACUCGUCACUAUCGAGAUCUAUCAUUAAUCAGCCUAAGAUGUCCACUGCACUUAGUAUUAUAUUUUAUAUGUGUCACGAGAUCCUUCUAGCCUUGGGAUUUGCAGGUGUCAUUGCUAAUAAUGGAGGUACAUACGUUGUACUACCAGCACAAUACAUAGGAGCGCUAUUUAUGAUUUUUUUGGCCUUUUAUUCAGAGGGAUACAUUAUAGAAUAUAAAAGUCACGAUCCUAGCAGCUGGCCGACUGAAGGUAUGACUAAAUGGAACGCGUUCUGCUAUUGGUGCAAGAAAGCCAGCAAAAUAACUAAUCAAAAUCCAACAUCAUGGUUUCGUCUAAUUUCAGAGAGAUUUACAUGGUUGCCCUACACACGGUUAUAUUAA